AUGGAAAACUCACAGAAGAAGCAAGUGUUCCUAUUCUACUGCGCUGAAUGCGAAGACCUUGCUCGACAGGUCGCUUCUCAGUCUGACCACAUAACCCUCCAGACCAUCAAAUGGAGGACUUUUGAUGAUGGAUUUCCAAACAUUUUUAUAAACAACGCACAAGACCUUCGAGGCCAACAUGUUGCCUUUCUUGCAUCAUUUAGCUCUCAAGGAGUUAUCUUUGAACAGCUUUCUGUAAUAUAUGCACUCCCCCGGCUGUUUGUUGCAUCGUUCACAUUAGUUUUGCCUUUCUUUCCAACUGGUUCCUUUGAACGAAUGGAAGAAGAAGGGGAUGUAGCAACUGCAUUUACCAUGGCAAGAAUGUUGUCCAAUAUUCCCAUAUCAAAAGGUGGCCCAAACAGUGUACUCAUCUAUGACAUACAUGCUUUACAGGAAAGAUUUUAUUUUGGGGACCAUGUUUUGCCUUUGUUUGAGACUGGAAUUCCACUCUUGAAGCAGCGUCUCCACCAGCUUCCCGACUCUGAUAAGAUAGUUGUUGCAUUUCCCGAUGAUGGAGCAUGGAAGCGAUUCCACAAGCAGUUGGAUCACUUUCCCAUGGUGGUGUGUAAUAAGGUUCGUGAAGGUGACAAGAGGAUAGUUCGGAUCAAGGAGGGAAAUCCUGCUGGUUAUCAUGUAGUCAUUGUUGAUGACUUGGUGCAAUCUGGCGGCACCUUGAUCGAGUGCCAGAAAGUUUUGGCUGCUCAUGGUGCAGCCAAGGUUAGCGCUUAUGUCACCCAUGGUGUAUUUCCUAAACGCUCAUGGGAGCGGUUCACUCACAAGGAUGAAGGCUCGGAGAAGGCAUUCGCCUACUUUUGGAUCACGGAUUCCUGCCCGCUUACUGUGAAAGCCGUGGCAAAUAAAGCUCCCUUUGAGGUGUUAAGUCUUGCAGGUUCCAUUGCUGAUGCUCUACAGAUUUGA